UCUUAAUCAUCAUCAUCAGAGAUUGCACACACCUGAGAAACUUUUUUCCUGUAAUGAGUGUGGGAAAUGCUUUACAUGGAAGUGCAAUCUUCAAGUUCACCAGAGAUCACACACAGGUGAGAAGCCUUAUUCCUGUUCUGAGUGUGGAAAAUGUUUUGCAGUAAAAUCAGUUCUGGUCUCACAUCAGAUGUCUCACACAGAGGAAAAGCCGCAUUCCUGUCCUGAGUGCGGUAAAUGUUUUUCACAGAAGUCCAACCUUUACAGACAUCAGAGAUCUCACAAGGGGGAAAAGCCCUAUUCCUGUCUUGAGUGCGGAAAAUGUUUUUCAGACAUGUCCUAUUUUCAUAAACAUCAGAAAUUGCACACAGGUGAGAAUCUGUAUUUCUGUUCUGAGUGCGGAAAAGGUUUUAUACAAAAACAAGAACUUGCCAUUCAUCAGAGGUCUCACACGAAGGAAAAGCCGUAUUCCUGUCCUGAGUGCGGGAAAUGUUUUUCACAGAAGCCCCAUCUUUCCAGACAUAAGAAAUCUCACACAGGGGAAAAGCCCUACUCCUGUCCUGAGUGCAGAAAAUGUUUUGCAGAAAAGUGGCAUCUUCGUAGUCAUCAGAGAUCGCACACAGGCGAGAAGCCGUUUUCCUGCUCUGAGUGCGGGAAAUGUUUUGCACAACAAUCAGGACUUGUCUCACAUCAGAGAUCUCACACG